AUGCUGGAGAACUUUGAACUUAUAUCCUCGCUGGGUUGCUGCUGUGGAGGAGUAAACGUGGAGGAAACGACUGAACAGAAGGUUUCUGUAGGAUUGUCACAGGCAAGGAAUCCCAAGUUAGCCUUGUCUUCCCAGAAGAGCCACCCCUGUGAGAGUUGUGGGCUGGUCUUGGGAAACAUUUUCCACAUGAUGGAGCUGCAGGGAACACAACAUGGACAAAUACUGUUGAGGUGUGGGGCAUGUGCAAAACAAUUUUUUGUCCAGGCAAAAUUUCACCAGCAGCAUGUGAAAGAGAAGUCUUUCACUAGAGGUGUGGACAAGAUGUCACUUGCAAACAGCUGCAAUUUCAAUGUGUCCCAGAAUUAUUUCACAUGCGGGAAUUUUGGGCAGGGUGUCCUUAUGGGGUCAGGACAUCUCCACCUCAAGGCUACUCAGACCAGGGACAGUCCAACCACAAUUUCGAAGUGUGGGAUGCCUUUUAAAAGGACAAAAAAUUAUUACAGUAGAAAAGAUUGUAAGGAAGACAUUAGUUGCACGGACACAUUUAUUCAGGAAAAAGAUGUCCAUCUUGGAAGUGGGUGUUUUCUGUCCUCUGAAUGUGGAAAAUAUUUUUCCAAAUGUUGUAGCUUUCAUUAUCAACAGAGAGGUCACACUCAAGAAAAGCCUUAUCAAUGCAGUGAAUGUGGAAAAUCUUUUAUCUCUAAGAAGAUCCUUCAUCGACAUCAGAGAGUUCACACUGGAGAAAAGCCUUAUAAAUGCUAUGAAUGUGGAAAAUCUUUUGCACAGAGCAAUGCCCUUCGUGAUCAUCAGAGAGUUCAUACAGGAGAAAAGCCUUAUAAAUGCAGUGAAUGUGGGAAAUGUUUUGCCCGGAGCAAUACGCUUCGUGUUCAUCAGAGAUUUCAUACAGGUGAAAAGCCUUAUAAAUGCAGUGAAUGUGGAAAAUCUUUCACCCGGAACGCUACCCUUCGUGCUCAUGAGAGAGUUCAUAGAGGAGAAAAGCCUUAUAAAUGCUAUGAAUGUGGAAAAUCUUUUGCACAGAGCACUGCCCUUCGUGGUCAAGUUUUCCUGGUCGCACAAUCCCGUGGAGAAGGCCGGAGAGUGGUGCUCCCCGCCUCACAGCGCAUGGUCGGAGCCUCCAGUGGUGCUCACAGCUCACACUUGGGAUUGAAGCUCGGAGUCGCCACCCGGACCCACGCCAGGGCCGGGACAGGGACCGCAAUUCCUGCAGCGGCUUCUACUCCCGCCCGGCUCAGACCACAGAGGGCAAUGGCGGCGCCCCCGCUGAGGAGACGGGCUGAGAACUUUGAACUUAUAUCCUCGCUGGGUUGCUGCUGUGGAGGAGAAAAUGUGGAGGAAACGACUGAACAGAAGGUUUCUGUAAGAUUGUCACAGGCAAUGAAUCCCAAGUUAGCCUUGUCUUCCCAGAAGAGCCACCCCUGUGAGAGUUGUGGGCUGGUCUUGGGAAACAUUUUCCACAUGAUGGAGCUGCAGGGAACACAACAUGGACAAAUACUGUUGAGGUGUGGGGCAUGUGCAAAACGGUUUUAUUUGUGUGCAACAUUUCACCAGCAGCAUGUGAGAGAGCAGACUUACAUAAGAGGCUUGGAAAGGAUGUCACUUGCAAACAGCUGCAAUUUCAAUGUGUCCCAGAAUCAUUUCACCUGUCGGGAGGUUGGGCAGAGUGUCCUUACUGAAUCUGGACAUCUCUACCUACAGGCUUCUCAGACCAGGGGCAGUCCAACUGCUAUUUUGAUGCGUGGGAUGACGUUUCAAAGUAGAAAAAACUAUUUCAGCAGAAAAGAAUGUAAGAAAGACAUUAGUUGCACCCACACGUUUUUUCAGGACAAAGAUUUCCAUCUUGGAAGUGGGUGUUGUGUGUGCUCUGAAUGUGGAAAAUUUACCCAAUUUUCUAGCUUUCAUUAUCAACAGAGCGGUCACACUGUAGAAAAGCAUUACAAAUGCAAUGAAUGUGGGAAAUCUUUUACCACUAUGAACAUCCUUCAGCAACAUCAGAGAGUUCAUAUGGGAGAAAAGCCUUGUAAAUGCAGUGAAUAUAGGAAGUCUUUUACUCAGAGCACUAUCCUUCUUUUUCAUCAGGGAGUUCACACUGGAGAAAAACCUUAUCAGUGCAGUGAAUGUGGCAAAGCUUUUACCAAUAAGACCCACCUUAAUCGACAUCUGCGAAUUCAUACAGGAGAAAAGCCUUAUAAAUGCACUGAAUGUGGAAAAUCUUUUACACAGAGUACUGGUCUUCAUGAUCAUCAGGUAGUUCAUACAGGAGAAAAGCCUUAUCAUUGUAGUGAAUGUGGAAAAUCUUUCAUGAAAAGCACUGCCCUACGUCACCAUCAGAGAGUUCAUACGGGAGAAAAGCCUUAUAAAUAUAGUGAAUGUGGGAAAUGUUUUACCCAGAGCACUCAGCUUCGUUUUCAUCAGGCAGUUCAUUCGGGAGAAAAGCCUUAUAAAUGCAGUGAAUGUGGAAAAUCUUUUACCCGGAGCACCACCCUUCGUGUUCAUCUGAGAGUUCAUACAGGAGAAAAGCCUUAUAAAUGUUGUGAGUGUGGGAAAUCUUUUUCCCAGAGCAAUACCCUUCGUGUUCAUCUGAGAGUUCAUACAGGAGAAAAGCCUUAUAAAUGUUGUGAGUGUGGGAAAUCUUUUUCCCAGAGCAAUACCCUUCGUUACCAUCAGACAGUUCAUACAGGAGAAAAGCCUUAUCAAUGCAGUGAAUGUGGGAAAUCUUUUACCCAGAGCACUCACCUUCGUUGUCAUCAGAGAGUUCAUACGGGAGAAAAGCCUUAUAAAUGCACUGAAUGUGGGAAUUCUUUUAAAAGGAGCAGUAGUCUUAAGUAUCAUCAGAGAGUUCACACUGGAGAAAGCUAUAAAGAGUGCAAUUAAUGUGAGGUAUCUCUCAGCCAAAUUUCUAAAUUCCCUCUCCGCAUAAGAGUACAAAUG